UACAGAAGCUGAGAAGGAUAAACGUCGCCCAUUUAUGCAAUUAGCAUUGCUGGAAUUAUUUGAUGGUAAGGCCUGUCGGGGGUAUAUUCGAGGAGAAGCUCGGGUUUGGAAAAUAAUUCAACGCGGAAUGAUGGCGAAUUCAGCGCUCGACAACGCCAUUGCAUUCAAUAGGUUCGCUUUGAUAAUUCUGGCUUGUACAACCGCGUUGAUUUUCGGACAAAUUCGGUAUUCUAUUCCCGAAGAAAUGAAGAUAGGGUCUUUUGUUGGAAAUAUCGCUAAAGAUUUGAGACUAAAUGUACCGCAAAUGUCGACUCGGAAAUUGCGACUAACAUCCGAUGAUGGCGGACAGUACAUGAAGGUUAAUUUAGAGAAUGGGAUUUUGUCUGUUCGUGAAAGAAUCGACAGGGAGCGGCUUUGUGGACAAACAACUGUGUGCAUUCUACCUUUUGAAAUAAUACUGGAGAACCCUUUGGUGGUGUUUCGCGGGGUAGUGGAAAUUAUUGAUAUAAAUGACAAUUCCCCUACGUUCCGAGACACCAGCUUUGUCUUACAAAUGUCCGAAGCGAUUGCACCCGGUGUACGUUUUCCCCUCGAGAGCGCGGAAGAUCCCGAUAUUGGUAUGAAUACUAUCGCUGCUUACACAAUCAGUGUUAAUGAAUAUUUUACUCUUAAAGCGCAGAGAACUCCGUCCGGUGUUAUAAAUGCUGAGUUACAGUUAGAAAAAUCACUGGACAGAGAACUGCAGGCAGCCUUUCAGUGGGUCCUGACGGCGAAUGAUGGUGGGACACCUGCAAGAUCUGGCACAACGCAGAUUCGUAUUACCGUGGUGGACUUUAACGAUAAUCCACCAGUUUUUCAUCGCGAAAUUUACAAGGCCAGUUUAAGAGAAGACGCACCCCAAGGUACAUUGGUACUGCAAGUCAAAGCAAGUGAUUUGGACGAAGGUCUGAAUGCUGAGCUAACCUAUAAUUUCAGCAGCUUAGUUCCACCAAAAGUUCUCAAAUUGUUCAGUUUGGAUCCCCACACCGGGGCCAUUCGCGCUGAAGGCGGGCUAGAUUACGAAGAAGCAAACAUUUAUUCGCUGACUGUUCAAUCAGUGGACCACGGAUCACCUUCAAUGACGGGUCGCACCACAGUACUGAUUGAGUUAAUUGAUGUAAACGACAACGCACCCGAAAUAAAAGUGACAUCUGCUCCGAGCAACAUUCCAGAAAAUGCUCAUCCAGGAACUUUGGUAACUUUGAUCAAUGUAAUUGAUCGAGAUUCUGGAGAAAAUGGACAGUUUCAAUGUGACAUUCCAAAGUACUUCCCCUUCAGACUUCGAACAUCAACUAAAAAUCAUUACGAGUUGAUUACCAGUGAGCCGCUGGACCGUGAAGCCGUUGCUGAGUAUAAUAUACAAUUUGUAGCUCGGGACUUUGGGUCGCCUUCACUGUCAACAAAUAAAACCAUCCAGAUUGCAAUAUCUGAUGUAAACGAUAACGCCCCGCGGUUUGGUGAAUUGUCCUACAACGUGUAUGUUAUGGAGAAUAACGAUCCAGGUACGUCUAUUUUUGCAGUAACUGCAACAGAUCCUGAUCUGAACCAGAAUUCCUAUGUUUCUUACUCUUUUCCCGAGGGGCUUAUCCAGAACUUUCCAGUGUCCAGUUACCUCAGCAUUAACUCGAUGAACGGCACAAUUUACGCGCUGCGUUCCUUUGACUAUGAAAAACUCAAGAACUUCCAGAUCCAUGUACACGCCCGUGACGCUGGUGUACCUUCGCUAAGCAGCAGCGCCACGGUGAAUGUGAUCAUCUUGGAUCAAAAUGACAACGCGCCGGUAAUUGUUUCACCUUCAGAACUGAGUGGAUCAGCAGCAGUGGAGACUGUGCCCCGGUCAGCAGGUCAAGGGUACUUGGUCACCAAGAUAAUAGCAACUGAUGCAGAUUCCGGUCAGAACGCACGGCUCUUUUAUCAGAUGGUGAAAUCUACUGAUCCAACAUUGUUCAACGUUGGGCAAAAUUCAGGUGAAAUCAGAACGGCGCGCAAUAUUUUUCAGACCGAUACUAUUACACAAACUAUUUUAUUCUUGGUUAGAGAUAAUGGGCUGCCAAGCCUCUCCAGUACGGCUACAGUGCACAUUACAGUCUUGGAGAACAUCACGGAAAACCUUUCUGAAAGUGAUAACUUGUUGAGCAGUUCAAAUCAUUUCACCGACUUAAAUCUUUAUUUAAUAAUCGUUUUCGCUUGCACUUCCGCUCUUUUUCUUGCGAUUAUCAUUCUGUUAAUUGCCAUUAAAUGUAAACAGAACAUGAGUGCUUCCCAGGAAUAUAAUUCAAGGCGUUUUUGUUACAAUAGUGGGGAUCCUCGUGAUACUUUUACUCGAAGAUCUGAAAUGGAGGAAACUUUACGGUACCCCGGGACUGGCCGGGUAGUCCGCGUGCCGGAAGCGAACCACUACUCGGUUUGCCUGCCUCCUGAAUCAGCGAAGAGCGAUUUUCUCUUUUUGAAGCCAUGCAGCCUCCCACGUCUUAGGCGCAAUGAUGAAUUGCAAGGAUUUGAUAAUAUUGCGAUUGGCGUUUCAGCGAUUUUUUUUUUAGAUUAUAACCUGAAACGAAGAGAUGGAUCCAUUGACCCUCCCACAUUUCCGAAAGAAAGACCAGAAUCGACGAGAAACGCAACCAGUACACGUUUGGCUUGUGGACUCAAGACGCGGAAAAUGGCGAAUCCGGCGUUCGACAACGCCAUUGCGCUCAGUCGGGUUGCCUUCAUGAUUCUGGGGUACGUAACGGGAUUGAUUCUUGGGCAGAUUCGGUACUCCAUUCCGGAGGAAAUGAAAAUAGGGUCGUUUAUUGGGAAUAUCGCCGAAGAUUUGAGACUGAAUUUCCCGCAAUUGUCGGCUCGUGAAUUGCGUCUAACCUCCGAUGAUGGCGAACAAUAUCUGAACGUUAACGUGGAGAAUGGGAUUUUGUCUGUUCGUGAAAGAAUCGACAGGGAGCAUAUUUGUGGAGAAGCAACCGUGUGUAAUAUACCUUUUGAAAUCAUACUGGAAAACCCUGUGGUGGUGUAUCGCGGGGUUGUGGAAAUUGUUGACGUGAAUGACAAUUCCCCCACGUUUCGGAACACCAGCUUUGUCCUACAAAUAUCCGAGGCGAUGACGCCUGGUUUACGCAUCCGCCUCGAAAACGCCCAGGAUCCCGAUAUUGGUAUAAAUACAGUGGCUGCUUACACAAUCAGUUCCAAUGAAUACUUUAGCCUAAACGCGCAGAAAACUGAGUAUGGUGUUGUAAAUGCAGAGCUACAGUUAGAGAAACCAUUGGACAGAGAGCUGCAGUCAGCCUUUCAGCUUGUUCUCACUGCGAACGACGGCGGAAACCCUCAGCGAUCCGGCACAACUCAAAUUCUCAUCACUGUGGUGGACGUGAACGACAAUCCACCUGUAUUCUAUCAUGAAAUGUAUAAAGCUAGAUUGAGAGAAGACGCACCCCAAGGUACCUUGGUGGUGAAAGUCAAAGCAAGUGACCUGGACGAAGGAUUAAAUGCUGAGCUAACCUAUUCUUUCAGCAGCCUAGUUCCACCGAGAUUUCUCCAAUUGUUCAGUUUGAACCCUUACACCGGGGAGAUUCGUGUUGAAGGAGAGUUAGAUUAUGAACAAGCAAACAGCUAUUCUCUGAAUAUUCAAGCUGAGGAUCACGGAUCACCCGCAGUUAUUGGGCACUCUAAGGUCUUACUCGAUGUAAUGGAUGUAAACGACAAUGCACCAGAGAUAAAAGUCAAAUCAUUUAAGAAUAAAAUUCCGGAAGAUGUUCCACCGGGAACGAUGAUAACAUUGAUUAACGUCAUUGAUCGCGACUCUGGUGAAAACGGACAGUUUCUAUGUGAUAUUCCGAAAAAUACACCUUUUAGUCUUCGAAUGUCAUCGAAAAAUCAUUACGAGCUGAUUACCAGUGAGCCGCUGGACCGUGAAGCUGUCUCUGAGUAUAACAUAAAUAUUGUAGCUCGGGACUUUGGGUCGCCUUCACUGUCAAGAAAUAAAACCAUCCAGAUUGGAAUAUCUGAUGUAAACGACAACGCCCCACGGUUUAGUGACUUAUCCUACAACGCAUAUGUUAUGGAGAAUAACGUUCCGGGUACCUCUACUUUCGCAGUAACUGCAACAGAUCCAGAUUUGAACCAGAAUUCUUAUGUUACGUACACCUUUCAGGAGGACCUUAUCCAGAACUUACCAGUGUCCAGUUACCUCAGCAUUAACUCAAUUAACGGCACAAUUUACGCGCUGCGUUCCUUUGAUUAUGAGAAACUCAAGAGCUUCCAGAUCCAUGUACAAGCCCGCGACGCCGGGGCGCCUCCGCUAAGCAGCAGCGCCACGGUGAAUGUGAUCAUCCUGGAUCAAAAUGACAACGCGCCGGUAAUUGUUUUACCUUCAGAAAAGAGUGGAUCAGCAGCAACGGAGAUCGUGCCCCACUCAGCGGGUGAAGGGUACUUGGUCACCAAGAUAAUGGCAACGGAUGCAGAUUCUGGUCAGAAUGCACGGCUCUUUUAUCAGAUAGUGAAAUCUACCGAUCCCACUUUGUUCAAGGUUGGGGAAAAUUCCGGUGAAAUUAGAACAGCGCGCAGUAUUUCUCAGUCGGAUGCUAUUACACAAACGCUGUUAAUCUUGGUUAAGGACAAUGGGCAGCCAACUCUCUCCAGCACAACAACAAUGCACAUUACUGUUUUGGAGAACAUCACUGAAAACGUUUCUGAAAAUGAUCAGUUAUUGAGAAGCUCAGUUAAUUUCUCCGACUUAAAUAUGUAUUUGAUCAUCAUGUUCGGUUGCACUUCCGCUCUCUUUCUAAUGAUUAUCAUUAUGCUCAUUGGCAUUAAAUGCAAGCAGAGCAUGGGUAUCACCCGGGAAUAUAAUUCAAGACGUUUUUGUUACAAUGGCGGGGGUUCUCGCGACACCGUUACUCGAAGAUCUGAAAUGGAAGAAACGUUACGAUAUCCUGGGACUGGCCGGAUGGUCCGCGUACCGGAAGCCAACCAUUACUCAGUUUGUUUGUCUCCUGAAUCAGCGAAGAGCGAUUUUCUCUUUUUAAAGCCAUGCAGCGCUCCGAUAGCUCAGUCUCAUAAAAUAAUUCAUCGCGGAAUAAUGGCGAAUCUGGCGCUCGGCAGCGCCAUUACGUUCAGUAGGUUUGCUUUCUUUAUUUUGGGAUGUACCACUGCUCUUAAUUUCGGACAAAUUCGCUAUUCUAUUCCAGAGGAAAUGAAGAUAGGUGCUUUUGUUGGGAAAAUCGCUGAAGAUUUGAGAUUGAAUAUAUUGCAAUUGUCGGCUCGUAAAUUGCGACUAACCUCCGAUGAUGGCGGACAUUAUCUGAAGGUUAAUUUGGAGAACGGGAUUUUGUCUGUUCGUGAAAGAAUCGACAGGGAGCUUCUUUGUGACCAAAAACCUUUGUGCACUAUACCUUUUCAACUAAUACUGGAAGCCCCUAUGGUGGUGUAUCGUGGGGAAGUGGAGGUUCUUGACGUAAAUGACAAUUCCCCUACAUUCCAGGAUAGCAGCAUUGCCUUGCAGAUGUCCGAAGCGAUUGCACCUGGUGCGCGCUUUCCCCUCAAGAGCGCUAAUGAUCCAGAUAUUGGACUAAAUACUGUCGUUUCUUACACGAUCAGUUCCAACGAAUACUUUAUUCUAAAAUCGCAGAGAAUUGCGCCCGGUGUGGUAAAUGCCGAGUUACAGUUAGAUAAACCAUUGGACAGGGAGCUGCAGGCAGACUUGCAUCUAGUACUGACGGCGAUUGAUGGCGGGACACCUGAGAGAUCUGGCACAACUCAGAUUCUCAUUACUGUAGGGGACGUGAACGAUAACCCACCAGUAUUUCAGCAUGAAAUUAACAAGGUCAGCUUAAGAGAAAACGCACCCCAAGGUACCGUGGUACUGAAAAUCAGAGCAAGUGAUUUGGACGAAGGUUUGAAUGCUGAAUUAACAUAUUCUUUCAGCAACGUUGCUUCAGCAAGAGAUCUCAAAUCGUUUCGUUUGGAUCCUUAUACAGGGGAGAUUAGGGUUCAUGGAGGAAUAGAUUUUGAAGAAUCAAACAGUUAUUCUCUGAAUGUGCAAGCUGUGGACCACGGAUCACCUGCAAUCAGCGGGCACUCUCAAGUCUUGAUCGAUAUAAUUGAUGAAAACGACAAUGCACCCGAGAUAAAAGUGACACCUGUUGUGAGCAAUGUCCCAGAAAAUGCUCCACCGGGAACUUUAGUAACUUUGAUCAAUGUUAUUGAUCGCGACUCUGGAGAAAACGGCCAAUUUCAAUGUAACAUCGCGACAAAUCUUCCCUUUAGACUUCGAACGUCAUCGAAAAAUCAUUAUGAGUUGAUAACAAGUGAACCGUUGGAUCGUGAAGCUGUCGCUGAGUAUAAAGUACAUUUUAUUGCUCAGGAUUUUGGGUCGCCUUCCCUAUCAAGAAAUAAAACCUCCCAGAUUACAAUAUCUGAUGUAAACGACAACGCCCCGCGUUUUGCUGAACUAUCCUACAACUUAUACGUGAUGGAGAAUAACGCUGCGGGUGCUUCUAUUUUCGCAAUAUCUGCAACGGAUCCAGAUCUGGACCAGAAUUCUUAUGUUUCAUACUCCUUGCAGGACGAUAUUAUACUGGACUUGCCUGUGUCCACUUACCUCAGCAUUAACUCAAUUAACGGCACCAUUUACGGGCUGCGCUCUUUUGACUAUGAAAAACUAAAAAACUUCCAGAUCCGUGUACAAGCCCGUGACGCCGGGGUGCCUCCAUUAAGCAGCAGCGCCACGGUGAAUAUGAUCAUUCUGGAUCAAAAUGACAACGCGCCCGUAAUUGCUUCUGAACAGAGUGGAUCAGCAGUAGCGGUGAUCGUGCCCCAGUCAGCUGGCCAAGGGUACCUGGUCACCAAGAUAAUGGCAACCGAUGCAGAUUCUGGUCAGAACGCUCGGCUCUUUUAUCAGAUGGUGACAUCGACUGCUCCCAAUUUGUUCAAUGUUGGGCGAAACUCCGGUGAAAUCAGAAUUGCGCGCAAUAUGUUGCAGUCCGACACCAUUGCUCAAACGCUCGUUAUCUUGGUUAAAGAUAACGGGCAGCCAAGCCUAUCAAGCACGGCUACAAUUUACAUUACAGUUUUGGAGAACAUCACUGAAAAUGUGUUUGGAAGUGACAACUUAUUAAGAAGAUCAGAUCAGUUCACUGACUUAAAUAUGUAUUUAAUAAUUAUUUUCGGUUGUACUACCGCUCUCUUUCUAGUAAUCAUCAUUCUACUCAUUGGCAUUAAAUGUAAACAGAACAUGAGUAUCCCCCAAGAAUAUAAUUCAAGACGCUUUUGUUACAACCGUGGAGAAUCGCACGAUACAUUUCACAGAACCCCUGUCAUGGAUGAAACGUUGCGCUAUCCUACGACUGGUCGGGUGGUCCGCGUGCCUGAGGCGAACCCUUAUUCGGGUUGUCUGUCUCCAGAGACGGCCAAGAGCGAUUUUCUCUUUAUGAAGCCCUACAGCAUUCCCACGUCUCAAGCCCAAUGCUUUAUGAAUUCACGAUGUAGAUUUUGCGUCAGUGAUUUCGUGGUAAGAGCUGUUUUAAGGUCUAAUCGAGCAGAGGCCUGCUUUUGGAAAAUAAUUCAGCGCGGAACAAUGGCGAAUUCGGAUAUCAACAACGCCAUUGCUUUCAAAACGUUUACUUUCGUGAUGCUGGUGUGUGCACCCAGUCUGAUUUUCGGGCAAAUUCGCUAUUCUAUUCCCGAGGAAAUUAACGAAGGCGCUUUUGUCGGGAAUAUCGCUCAAGAUUUGGGAUUGAAUGUACAACAAUUGUCCGCACGCCAUUUUCGGCUAACCUCUGUUGACGGAGCGCAAUACAUAAAGGUAAAUUUAGAUAAUGCGAUAUUGUCUAUUCAUGAAAUCAUCGACAGGGAGCAUAUUUGCGGACAAGCAACUGUAUGUACCAUUCAUUUUAAAAUCAUACUGGAAAAACCUUUGGCAAUAUAUCGCGCGGAAGUGGAGAUUCUGGACGUAAAUGAUAAUUCUCCCACUUUUCCGGAGAGCAGCAUUAUGCUGCAGAUGUCUGAAGCGAUUGCGCCAGGCGUCCACUUCCCCCUGGACAAUGCGCAAGAUCCGGACGUUGGUAUAAAUACGAUCGCUGCUUACACACUCAGCUCAAAUGAAUAUUUUAGUUUAAAAAGUCAGCGAACGGAGGAUGGUAUUCUAAUUGCCAAGUUACAACUGGAAAAACCUUUGGAUCGGGAAUUACACUCGUCUUUACAGCUGACGCUGACAGCGACUGAUGGUGGAAAGCCUCAGAGAUCCGGCACAGCACAGAUUUUAAUUACCGUAAUGGACAUCAAUGAUAAUCCCCCUAUAUUCGAUCACGAAAUUUAUAGAGUCAGUUUAAAUGAAGAUACACCUCCUGGUACCUUAGUGAUGAAAGUUAAAGCCACUGACUUGGACGAAGGGUUGAAUGCUGAUCUAACAUAUUCUUUCAACAAAUUAACCUCAUCAAGAAUUCGCGAACUGUUUAGUUUGGACCCCGACAUCGGGGAGAUUCGAACUAAAAGAGAGCUAGAUUUUGAAGAAGCAAGCAGUUAUUCCAUUGAUAUUCAAGCCAUGGAUCACGGUUCUCCUACAAUUACCGGGCACUGCAAGUUAUUGAUCAAGGUAAUUGAUGUAAACGACCACGCACCCGAGAUAAAAGUGACAUCAAACACGAACAACGUUCCGGAAAACGCACAGGUGGGAACGUUAAUAACUUUGAUUAAUGUUAUUGAUCAGGAUUCUGAUGAAAACGGAGAGGUGCGCUGUGAGAUACCAAGUAACAUCCCAUUCACUCUUCAAAUGUCGUCGGAGAAUCAUUUCGAGUUGAUUACUAGUGAACCAUUGGACCGUGAAUCUGUUCCCGAAUAUAAAAUACACUUUGUAGCUUGGGACUUCGGGUCACCCUCACUGUCAAGCAAUAAAACCAUACAUGUUUUAAUUUCUGAUAUAAAUGAUAACGCACCGCGUUUUUCCGAACCCUCAUACAGCAUAUAUGUGAUGGAAAACAACGCUCCAGGGGUAUCUAUUUUUGCCGUGACUGCUUCGGAUCCUGACCUGGAUCAGAAUUCUUAUGUUUAUUACUCCUUCCUGCAAAAUUUUGUCCAAGAAUUCCCAGUGCCCAGCUACCUAGACAUCAAUUCGAAAACUGGCACAAUUUACACACUGCGCUCUUUUGACUAUGAGAAACUAAAAAAUGUGAAGAUUUAUGUUCAAGCCCGUGACGCUGGUGUACCUCCGCAAAGCAGCAGUGUUGCAGUGAAUGUGAUCAUUCUGGAUCAAAAUGACAACGUUCCAGUAAUAAUUUCACCUUCAGCGCAGAAUUCGUCAGCAUUACUGGAGAUCCUGCCACGGUCAGCGACCCAAGGGUACUUGGUCACGAAGAUAAUGGCAACUGAUGCCGAUUCCGGUCAGAACGCACGACUGUUUUAUCAGAUGCAGAGUUCAAGUGAUCCCAGUUUAUUUAAUGUCGGUAAAAUCUCAGGUGAAAUCAGAACAGCGCGACACAUCAUCCAGUCUGACACCACAACACAAACUCUCAGCAUCGUGGCGAAGGACAAUGGGCAGCCGAGUCUCUCCAGCAUGGUGACAAUCCAAAUUGCAAUUCUGGCGAAUAUCACUGAGAGAAUCACCGAAAGUAAUAAAUUGGAAUCUAAUCGCCAAAUUUACGCUGACCCGCAUCUUUACUUAAUCGUUAUUUUCGGCUGCACUUCAGUUGUCUUUCUUGUAAUCAUCAUUCUGCUGAUUAGCAUCAAAUGCAAACAGGAUAGAAAUGUUAUCCAAGAGUAUAAUUCGCCCAGUUGCUGUCACAAACUUGGAGAUUCAAACGAUACGUUCAAUCCAAGACCUGCAAUGAAGGAAACGUUACGCUAUCCUGGGACUGGCCGGAUAGUGCAAGGGCCACAAGUGCAGAGCUAUUCGGUCUGUCUAUCUCCAGAUUCAGCAAAAAGCGAUUUUCUUUAUUUGAAGCCAUGCGUCGCUCCCACAUCUCAACCGUAAUGCUACAUUUCAAUGAUCUCGUAGCAGCAAAAGUUGGCCGACAUGUUUGCUACCCAUAUUUUCAUCCAGCGGUGUGGGUCGGUGCGAAUUGCGCAUUCAAGAAAAUACUCCACGUGUGUGUGCUAUUAUUUCAUUUUAGUUCGAAAAGGAAUGUUUCAGUGUUAU